AUGGAAGACAACUACAACGAUAUUCACGCUAACAUUCUUGCUCAUCUCCCAGAAAAGUCCCUCAUUCGAUUCCGAGCCGUGUCAAAACACUGGUUUUAUCUGAUCUCCAGCGCUUAUUUCUCUCAUUGCCGUAACCGGAGCUUGAUGUUUCCCACUGGCAUCUUCUUGAAGAUGCACUGUUCUUCAAACAAACCCAAAUACCACUUCCUUGCGCUGCACGGAAAGCCAGUUCGUGAUUCUUUUGGAUCUCUAACGUUUGUUGAUGAUUCAGCAGGCAUUAAGAUUUUACAGUCUUGCAAUGGCCUAUUGUUGUGUUGCAGCAGCCGUCGUAUCGGAGAAAACAACCGGAACUACUAUAUUUACAAUCCUACAACCGACCAAUACGCUACCAUCCCCAAGCCUGGUAAUAGAACUCCGAACACUAUUUUCGGUGUUGUUUUAGCUUUUGACCCCUCUAAAUCGCCUCACCUCAAAGUCGUUUUCGUUCGAAGUUCACGCGCAUUUCAUCAUCUGUAUCAAUUGGAGAUAUACUCUUCUGAAACUGGCCUUUGGAGUUACUCUAGUGAAGUUCCCGAGUUCAAUUACAGUAAAGGGGCCUAUUGUUCUGGUUUCAUUCAUUGGAUGACCUACUCCGGUGCUUCGCUACGCUUCGAUGUCGUUCAAGAGAGAUUUCAAGAGAUACCACUGCCUGAUGAUUGGAACCAACAUGCCGAUAUCCGAUACUUCAAGGAAUCCGGAGGGCGGCUGCAUCUUAUCUUGACAAAUAGUAGGCAUAGUACCAGGCAGUUUGAUGUUUAUGAGAUGGAAAAAGACGGUUCGAGGUGGUUCGUGAAGUAUAGAGUCGACCUCGAUGCACUUAUAUUGGAAUACCCAGAGAUGAUCCGUAGCAACUCGGUCCCUUCCGAUUGGGAUUAUCAUGCAUUUAGAGUACUGGCUGUUGUCAGUGAAGAGAAUAAAGGGUCAUUCAUGGUGUUACAUGUACCAGGCAAGGCCAUCUCGUACAAUUUCAAACAUCAAACAUCAACCUUACUCCAUGAUUUCGCCCCCGGUUGCACACACAUCGACGGCUGUGUAACAAUAGAAACCGACGACUCUUUUCCCUACUUCGGAACUCUCGCGACGGUACGGAGUCUUGGGCUUGAUCGAAAAGAUACAUAA